AUGCCCGGUCUACGCAUACCCAAGAAUGGAUAUCGUCGGGGCGGAAAGCAAGCCUACCACGGCCCCCGCAAGGCAAAGACCUUCACAGCCUCUAAGGGCGCCGAAGGCACCUCUUCCGAGGCGAAGCGUGAGGCCAUCAGACUUGCCCACGAAAUCGACGAGGCGCAAGGCUUCGCCCGCUACGAGGCCGGCAAGAAGAAGACGGGCUGGCUGGUCAACGUGCGCGCCACGUCGGUGGAGGACGCAAAGAACCCGGACGGCAGAGCGGCGCUGGACUGCUACUUCCUCGAGGACGACGGCGGCACGUUCAAGGCGACGCUGGAGUACGACCCGUACUUCCUGGUGGCGGUGAAGCGGGGCCACGAGGCGGAGGCGGAGGAGUGGUUGAAGCGCGCGCCGGGCGGAGGGGUGGUGAAGAGUAUGAGGAAGGUCGAGAAGGAGGACCUGCAGAUGCCGAAUCACCUGCUCGGCUACCGGCGGACGUUCUUUGAGCUGCGGUUUGCAAACUCGGCGGAUCUGCUGGCCGCGAGGAGGGAUAUCAUGCCCAUUGCCGAGAAGAAUAAGAAGAACAUGAAUGCGAUGGAUACAUAUGCCGAGGUGGCCAGUGCGAAUGCUGGAUUCGACCUUUUUGAUGACGACCGGAAUGACGAGCGACGGGUUAAUGUUUCUGUGGCCGAUGCAAGCGAUUUUAUUGUCGAUAUCAGGGAAUGGGAUGUACCAUAUCACGUACGGGUAAUGAUAGAUUUGGAUAUACGAACCGGAAAAUGGUACUCGGUCGAGGCCAAACACGGCGUCACAACGAUGAAAUGUUUAGAAGAGCGUUUGGAAAGAGCGGAUCCGGUGGUUAUGGCGUACGAUAUCGAGACGACGAAAUUGCCUCUGAAGUUUCCGGAUGCGACGAUAGAUCAAAUCAUGAUGAUUUCGUAUAUGAUUGAUGGCCAAGGGUUCUUAAUUACGAAUCGAGAGAUUGUUUCCGAGGAUAUUGAAGAUUUCGAGUACACACCCAAACCGGAGUACGAGGGCCCGUUUAUGAUUUUCAACGAGCCGGACGAGAAGGCAGUGAUUGAACGGUUCUUCCUUCACAUCAAGGAGGCCAGGCCGACAGUGAUUGCGACUUACAACGGAGACUUUUUCGAUUGGCCAUUUGUGGACGCGCGAGCAAGUGUCAAUGGAAUCGACAUGUACCAGGAAAUCGGCUGGCGGAAAGGACCCGAGGACCAGUAUUGCUGCGAUUACAGUGCACAUAUGGACUGCUUCCACUGGGUCAAUCGCGACAGUUACUUGCCGCAAGGAAGUCGAGGUCUGAAAGCCGUUACCACAGCCAAGCUUGGCUACGACCCGGACGAAAUCGAUCCGGAACUCAUGUUGAAGUACGCCAGCGAAAAGCCUCAAGUGCUCUCUGAAUACUCGGUUUCUGAUGCCGUGGCCACUUAUUACUUGUACAUGAAAUAUGUGCAUCCCUUCAUUUUCUCACUGUGUACGAUUAUUCCGCUGGGUCCGGAUGCCGUCUUGAGGAAGGGAACUGGAACUCUUUGCGAGAUGCUGCUCAUGGUACAGGCGUACCAGAAGGAGAUUGUCCUGCCGAAUAAGCAUGUCUCACCCAAGGAAGCGUUCUGGGAUGGCCAUUUACUCGAAUCUGAGACUUAUGUCGGUGGUCACGUCGAAAGUAUCGAGGCAGGUGUGUUCCGUGCGGAUAUUCCUGUGAACUUUGCCGUGGAUACUACGGCCAUCGACGAGCUUCUCGCGGAUUUGGACGCUGCUUUGAAGUUCAGUAUUGUGGUUGAAGAGAAGAAAUCUCUUGACGACGUGACGAAUUAUGAUGAGGUCAAGCAACAGAUAAUGGACCGGCUGAACAGCUUGAAGAAGACUGCGAACCGGAGUGAGCGACCCCUGAUAUACCAUCUGGAUGUUGCAUCUAUGUACCCCAAUAUCAUGACGACAAACCGAUUGCAGCCGGAUUCCAUGAUACAGGAAGCGGACUGUGCGGCGUGCGAUUUUAACAGACCUGGAAAGACUUGCGAUCGGAGGAUGCCUUGGGCAUGGAGAGGAGAGUAUCUGCCUGCGAAACGAGACGAGUACAAUAUGAUCAAGCAUUCUCUCGAGAACGAACGCUUCCCUGGGAAAUGGCCGAACAGUCCGAUGAGAACAUUUCAAGAUUUGUCCCCCGAUGAGCAAUCGACCUUGAUUCGGAAACGUUUACAAGUUUACAGUCAGAAGAUCUACCACAAGAUUCACGAGUCGGAAACUAUCGAGCGGGAGGCAAUCAUUUGCCAGCGAGAGAACCCGUUCUACAUAGAUACAGUCAAAGACUUUCGAGACCGACGAUACGACUAUAAAGGGAAGCAGAAAGUCUGGAAGGGCAAGACGGAAGCUCUCAAGGCUGCUGGUGCUCCUCAGGCAGAGAUUGAAAGUGGAAAGAAGAUGAUCGUUCUCUUCGACUCUCUGCAAUUGGCGCACAAGGUCAUUCUCAACUCGUUCUAUGGAUAUGUUAUGCGAAAAGGAUCGCGAUGGUACUCUAUGGAGAUGGCUGGCGUUACUUGUCUGACCGGUGCUCAUAUCAUCCAGAUGGCUCGUCAACUGGUUGAGCGAAUUGGCCGACCUCUGGAACUGGACACGGACGGUAUCUGGUGCAUGCUGCCUGCCACUUUCCCGGAGAACUACGGCUUCACUCUCAAGAACGGCAAGAAACUCGCCAUUUCGUAUCCUUGUGUCAUGUUGAAUCACCUGGUUCAUGGCAAAUUCACAAACCACCAAUACCAGACGCUCGUUGAUCCUAAAACCUUCAAGUAUGAGACGCAUAGCGACAAUUCCAUCUUCUUCGAGGUCGACGGCCCGUACCGUGCUAUGAUUUUGCCGACGUCGAAAGAGGAAGACAAGAAUUUGAAGAAGCGUUAUGCCGUGUUCAACGAUGACGGAAGCCUGGCCGAACUUAAGGGUUUUGAAGUCAAGCGAAGAGGAGAACUGAAGCUCAUCAAGAUCUUCCAGCAGCAGAUUUUCAAAUUCUUCUUGGAAGGCACGACCCUGACUGAGACCUACGCUGCUGUUGCGAAAGUUGCUAACCAGUGGCUUGACGUCUUGCACUCGAAGGGUGAGACGCUUGCUGAUGAGGAGUUGAUUGACCUCAUUUGCGAGAAUCGGAGUAUGUCCAAGACACUGGAGGAAUAUGGAACUCAGAAAUCGACUUCGAUCACGACAGCCAAGCGCCUAGCUGAUUUCUUGGGCGAGCAGAUGGUCAAGGACAAGGGGCUGAACUGCAAGUACAUCAUUUGCUCGAAGCCGAAGAACGCUCCUGUCACCGAGCGUGCUAUUCCGGUUGCCAUAUUCUCGGCCGAGACUAAAGUGAAGCGAUUCUUUUUGCGGAAGUGGCUGAAGGAAGAUCCGGCAAAUAUGGACCCCAGAGCUCUCCUUGACUGGGGCUACUAUCUUGAGCGUCUGGGCUCGGUCAUCCAGAAGUUGAUUACGAUUCCAGCUGCGCUGCAGAAGGUCCGAAAUCCGGUCCCGAGAGUGCCUCACCCGGAGUGGCUGCAAAGGAGGAUCAAUGUCAAGGAGGACAAGCUAAAGCAGAAGAAGGUGACGGACUCGUUCAAGUCGGCACCUCUGGAAGAGAUCACCAACUUGAUGGAUCCCCGUGCUGGCGACAUAGAGGAUUUUGGCGUCAAGCUGCUGAAGCCAAAGGCUCUUGGAGCGCAAAUGUCCCAGGCGACGCAGAAAUCCCAGAAACGAAAAUCGCCAGAACCAGACAGGCCUAUCUCGAUCAACCCCUAUGCGGCGUUGCCAGAGACGAUGCCGGACCCAACCCAGGACUACGUAGGCUUCCUCCAGUACCAGAAGCAGAAGUGGAAGAUCCAAAAGCAAGAACGGAUACGUCGACGGCAUUUGUUCGGAGAGUCUCGCGUCACCCAGAACAACAUUGGUGUCACUUUCCAAAAUCAAGCUGAGAUCACUUACAAGAGUACUUGGCAGGUGCUUCAGCUGCGAGGCACCACAAGUCCGGGUGUUGUGCUGGCAUUCGUGCUCAUCGACUCGAAAAUUCAUACGUUGAGAGUCAAUGUGCCGAGACAGAUUUUCCUGAAUUUGAAGGGGAAAGAGCUUCCGGAUAUCGAAGUCGAUGGGUGUGAAGCGCAAAAAGUCACGCAUACGCUGCCGAAUGGACAUCCCUCGGUGCACUUGUUCAAGCUUACGAUGCCUGAGACUGUCUAUAUCAACGACGCUCAGAAGCUCUCCUUGCUUUUCAAUCAUCCUAGCGUUGAGGGCGUGUACGAAAAGCAGGUCCCGCUGAGCAUCCGCGCUGUCCUUCAGCUUGGAAGCUUGUGCACAUUUGACGAGUCCCAACCGGGUGUGCUCGGUAAGGGUCUCGAGUCUGGAUUCGAUCUGUCUGGUCUACGCCGUGCUGUUCCUAAGAACCCUUACCUCACCACCUCGCCAAUGGUAUACCUGUACCUGUACCACGUCGUUGCCGGCGACCGCCAAGUCUUUGCCUUGUUCUCCUCGAACAAGGAGCAAGCCCAUGUUGUGAUCCUCCAGAAGUCCAAGGACUCGGCGCAAGACCUGCCCAAUAUUGGCAAGAUCUACAGCGAGAUGCUAUUGCGGAGAGAGCAGGAGGCCGAAGGGCAGGAAUGGCAAAACUGCUUCAAGUACCAGGCAAAGCUGCAAUUCAAGACGAGCCAGGUGACCACGAGACGAAAAGCACUUCUGGAAGUUGGCGACAUUGUGAAGAAGAUGAAGAAUGACGAGUCCAAGCCGCUGAUGCUUGUCGUACAGUCACCGCAGCGACGGAUGCUUAUCCACGACGUGCCCAUCUUGGCUGACUUCCCCGUUCUGCCACUUAAGUAUGAGAUCUCGGAUAGUAAUCUCCCCCCACUGCAGUGGCAAGCAUUCAUUGCAAAGAGGCUUGUCAACCAUUAUCUCAGUCUAGGGUCGUGGAUCCUGCAUCUCACUGAGCUGGCCAGAUAUGGUGAUGUUCCACUCUGCAAUCUUGAGAGAGACGAUCCUCGGUUCCUGAUCGAUAUUGCGUACGCAAGACGACUGCAGAAGAACAACGUGGUGCUGUGGUGGUCUGGGGGCCCCAGACCGGAUCAUGCUGGGUAUGAGCAAGAUGAUGUUCUUGGGCCUCUGGAGACCGUGCAGAUGCCUUCGGUCAACAAUCCUGGAACGUACCCUUCGGUGUGCAUUGAGAUCGAUGUACGGAACUUGGCCAUCAACACGAUCUUGACCUCGUCUCUGAUCAACGAGCUGGAGGGAAGUGACUCGAUCUCGUUCAAUCCCGCGGCGCCCCAAGAUGACUCCCCGAGCGACGGAACCAAUGUGCUCUAUUCUGACAAUGCAUUCGCGACUGCUGGUGUCACUGUUCUUCGUGAGAUGGUUAAAGCCUGGUGGACCGAAGCAUGCAAAGGCAGCAGCAUGGCUGAUGUUAUGGUUCAGCACCUCGUCCGAUGGGUGGAGAAUCCGGACUCCUUCUUGUACGAUCGAUCGCUGCGUUACUACGUGCAGAUGAUGUCCCGUAAAGCAUUCCAGCAGCUCAUGACCGAUUUUCGACGCGUUGGCUCUCACGUCGUCUUUGCAAAUGCCAACCGCCUCCUACUCCAAACCACCAAGUCGGAAGUGGGGAACGCGUAUGCCUACAGCCAGUACAUUCUCAAGUCCAUCAAGGCGAAGCCCUUGUUUCACUUUCUCGACCUGGAGAUCAAGGAGUACUGGGACUAUCUCAUCUGGUACGACGAGUUUAAUUACGGCGGCAAAGCCUGUACCGAAGUCGUCGAAGCCGAGAAACAGACUCUCGACUGCAUCAUGCACUGGCAGCUUAGCAGAUUCCUUCCUGUGCCCAUGCAACCGAUCUUUAACGACUGGGUCGUCGAGUUCGUGCAGAAGAUGCACGCUCUCAAACGUCCCGCCUUGAUCAACGGCGUCGAGUCUACGCCGCGCCCUACACAACUGCCUGUGCGUGCUCUGGGUGAGGAUGCCGCAGAGGACAAGAUCAUCCUUGGCAAGGAUUUCGAGAAGCCUCUGAAGCGACAGAUUGCUGGCCUCAUCCGCCGGCAGAAAGACGAGAUGCUACAUCCCGAACUGGCAUCCGACUACUCCUUCCCCGUGCUGCCGGGCUCCCACCUCCAGCUCUCAAAUCCGGCACUCCAGCUCGUCAAAAGUCUGAUGCAAGUCCUGAGCCUGGACAAGAACAUCACCAUGGAAGCGCGGCUCCUCCGCAAGGACCUCCUCGCCCUCUUCGACAUCCGCGAGUUCAGCACCGAAGCCCGCUUCGUCAACCCCUCCUCCUCCCUCCGGCUGCCGCAGCUCAUCUGCGAAAACUGCACCAUGGCGCGCGACGUCGACUUCUGCCGCGACGACGACCUGCUCCCGCUGGCGCCGGGCGAGGCCUCGGCGCCGCCGUGGCGGUGCACCUUCUGCGCCGCCGAGUUCAACCGGCUCGAGAUCGAGGAGCGCCUGAUCGGCAUGGUGCAGGCGGUGCUGAGCGAGUGGACCGGUCAGGACCUGAAGUGCGGGAAGUGCCGCGCGGUCCGGGUGAACGAUUUCAUGGAGCACUGCGCCUGCUCCGGCGUCUGGACCGAGACGGUGCGGAGGGAGGAGGUGGUGGGCCGGCUGCGGGUGUUUCGGGGGGUGGCGGAGGGUUUUGGGCUGAGGAUGCUGGGGGUGGUUGUCAAGGAGGUUCUGGAUGGGGUUUAG